AUGUUGAUUACUUCUGCAAGUUUAUUUUUUACAGAUAAAAUUCAUGAUCCAAAUAGACCUAUGGAUAUAAGUAUUGAAUUAUUAGAAUGCGCAAAUGAUUUGGAUGAACGAACAUACUUUGCUUUUGAUGAUCUAAUUAGAAAAGGAUAAGAAUUGAAAACUUUAGAUGUCUCUUCUUAUUGUGCCAUAGGACAUCUGUUGGCUAGCAUUAAUUAAAGUGAGUUUUCAUAAACAGCUUUUUAUUUUGCUCAUCUAAAAAACCAUAAAGAAAUUAGAGCUAAUUCUGAUUUACAAUUUGAAACAGUCACAAAAUCAAAAUCAGGAGGAGCAGAAGGAUAAUGA